AAACUAAAUCGCUCUCUAACUUUACCAUUUUUGCUUGUGUUUCCUUGUUUUCAUCUCUCCAUCUCACAGAAUCACAUCUCAAUCUCCAUCCAUGGCGUCCACAAUCUCUCUCAAAGCCACUUCAUCUCUGAGACUCCUUCCCAGCCCAAUCACCUCUCCUUCAACUUUGGAAUCACCGAAACGGUUGGGUUUUAAUCUAUCACACUCCUUUCCCACUUUUAAACUCUCACCAACCCACCGAGACUUUCCAGCAGGAAACUCCAAGAGCUUCACCACCACAGCUUUCUUUUUCCAAAAGAAGAAAGCCCCGGAAGCACAAGAGUCUUCCAGACCUACGAAAGUCCAAGAACUCCACGUCUACGAGAUCAACGAGCGAGACAGAGGAAGCCCAGCAUUCCUAAAGCUAAGCCAAAAGCAGGUAAACUCUCUCGGCGACCUCGUGCCGUUCACCAACAAGAUCUACACCGGCGACUUGCAGAAGCGGCUCGGCAUAACCAGCGGCCUCUGCGUGCUCAUCCAACACGUCCCCGACAAAAAAGGCGACCGCUACGAGGCCAUCUACAGCUUCUACUUCGGCGACUACGGCCACAUAUCCGUCCAGGGCCCGUACUUGACGUACCAGGACACCUACUUGGCCGUCACCGGAGGUUCUGGAAUCUUCGAGGGGGCGUACGGACAGGUCAAGCUUCAGCAGCUUGUCUUCCCCUUCAAGAUCUUUUAUACUUUUUAUCUCAAGGGUAUUCGUGAUUUGCCCCAGGAACUUCUUGGUAAGCCUGUGGAACCGUCUCCGAACGUCGAGGCGUCUCCGGCCGCCAAGGCGACGGAAAGCCAUGCCGUUAUUCCUAACUUCACUGACUGAUCAUGUAGAGGAAAAGUCAGCGUUUUAUUUUGUUUCUCUACUUGAUAUGUGCCAGUGAAUUACUUUAAUUCCGGGCCUCCUUUUUUUUUUUUUUUUUUUUUAAUCUUAAUAGAAACUAUAUAUCUUAGUUUGCUAAGGAUUCAAUGGAAGGGGAAUUAAAGGUUGCGUGUGUCUGGUCAUGAGGUUAUAGAGAUUAAGGACAUUCCUUUUGUGUUAUCUCAAUUUGAGGAGUAAUAUUUUGAGUCGCCAUAUUUUUUUCAUCA